CUUUGUCCACACAUCCAAUGGUCACACUGUGUGACAUUGAGUUGACUUUUGCUUUAGUUUAAUUACAAUAUAAUUCGAUUUAUUCGCAAAUAAGUGAGGAGCCAAGCUUCGAAACUCGCACGGGAGCAGUGCUCCACUUCAUCCGUCGAAUCCCGGGGUGAAUGCGCUGUCUACUCAGCGAAUUCAACGGAUUCUACAGGUUCUAGCGGCCGCGAGGUGUUCCGGGGAGACUUGGGAUUCCUCCUUCUCCACACCGCCGAACCACAACAAACGAUCCAAGCGAUCCCAUCCGAUCUGACAUUAUUCCAUAUCUAUUUCAGAACUGACCGGGAUCUAGAUCCACACCGGCCAUGCGUUCUCGCAGCAAUUCUGGCGUCCGAUUGGACUACUACCAACGCAUCGUACACCGGUUAAUCCUGGCCCACCAGGAACCGGUUACUGGCCUUUUCCCCGCCUCCAAUGUGAAUUCUCAUGCAUGGAUUAGGGAUAAUGUGUACUGCAUCCUGGCUGUUUGGGGCCUGUCUAUGGCGUACAAGAAGAUUGCCGACCAGGACGAGGAUCGUGCCAAAUGCUAUGAGCUGGAGCAAAGCUGUGUAAAGCUGAUGCGCGGCUUGCUCAUGGCCAUGAUGAACCAGAAGGACAAGGUGGAGAAGUUCAAGAUGACUCAGAGUCCCUAUGAUUCGCUACACGCUAAGUACUCCAGCAAGAACGGAUUGCCCGUGGUUGGAGAUGGUGAGUGGGGCCAUCUGCAGAUCGAUGCCGUGUCCCUAUACCUGCUGAUCUUGGCCCAGAUGACAGCCUCGGGUUUGCAGAUUGUCUUCUCUCUGGACGAGGUGUCCUUUAUCCAGAAUCUGGUCUUCUAUAUCGAGUCGGCCUACUCGAUCCCUGACUACGGAAUAUGGGAACGCGGCGACAAGACGAAUCACGGGGAACCGGAGUUGAAUGCCAGCUCCAUUGGCAUGGCCAAAGCGGCGUUGGAGGCCAUGAACGAGCUGGAUCUGUUUGGAGCUCGCGGCGGACCAGCCAGUGUGAUCCAUGUGCUGGCCGACGAGGCCCACAAGUGCCAGGCGGUGCUCCAGUCGAUGCUGCCCCGCGAAUCCAACAGCAAGGAAUUAGAUUCCGGACUGCUGUGCGUAAUCGGCUUUCCCGCCUUUGCAGUGGAUGAUGCCCAACUGAUUCAUAACACCAAGGAUGCAAUUUUAUCCCGCCUGCAGGGCAAGUAUGGUUGCAAAAGAUUUCUACGCGAUGGGUACCGUACCCCAAAGGAGGAUCCCUCCAGACUCUACUACGAACGCUGGGAGCUGCGCAUGUUCGAAAACAUCGAGUGCGAGUGGCCACUCUUUUACUGCUACCUGAUCUUAUUCCACGCCUUCCAGAGCGACAAGCGUGCGGUCGAGGAAUAUGCCAGCAGGCUAGAGAAGAUCAUGGUGCGCUCGGAGGAUGGCAUACUUCUCGUCCCGGAGAGUUAUGCGGUGCCGCAAGAUCUGGUGGGCUUUGAGUACCAGAAGCCUGGUUCCCAGGCCCGCGAAGUCGUCGGUCGAUGUCCCUUUCUGUGGGGCCAAUCCCUGUUCAUCCUCGGACGGUUGCUUCAGGAGGGUUUCCUUGCCGUGGGCGAAUUGGAUCCCUUAAAUCGUCGCCUGGGAGCUCAAAAGAAGCCGGAUGUGGUCGUCCAGGUGGUUAUCAUUGCCGAGGACAACGAGAUCCGCGACAAGCUGGCCGAACACGAUCUGCACGUUCAGACGAUCGCGGAGGUAGCACCAAUUGAGGUGCAACCAGCCCGUGUGCUAAGUCACCUAUACACAUACCUGGGACGUAACCGGAAGUUGGGACUAAGCGGCAGAAAGUCACGGGAUGUGGGCAUCCUCAGCACCAGUAAGCUGUACUCGUUAAAGGAUCGCAUAUUUGCCUUUACCCCGCAGCAUAUCGACUAUGAAGAAUAUUAUACAACACGCGAUCCCGAUUUGCUUGCCAGCAAUUUUACCACAAAUUUAGCAUUCUUGACCAACAAUUGGCGUCACAUGUUGGGCAGGCCGACAAUCACACUAAUGGCAACCCACUAUAUGCUAGAUCAAGACAAGAUACCGCUGGCCAUGAUCCAGACGAUGAGGAAACUAAAGUCGGGCUACAUCAAUGGCACCCGCGUGAUGUUGGGCAGCCUGAAGGACUUCCUCAACACUUCGGCCAUUACGGAUCUGAGUUUUCUGGGCAGCACAGAGGAUGGCUAUCCGGACCGCCUCCACCCUGAUGUCCAGACCUACCUGGAUGAACACCUUCUGCGCUCGUUCAGCAACCGCAGCACCAUGAAUCUGCGAGGUGGACAGCUGCGUCCGAGGACCCUGAGGCGCCGCAUGUCCUGCAAGGGAGCAAUCAAAAAGACGCGCUCUAUUAAUGUGGACUCUGACAACCUGGGCAUGGAGGGACCUUCUCCACUCACCGAACGUCGCCUUUCUUCGAUUGUGCCACCUCCCUGGCUGCAGGCCAACAAGCAGAGUCACGUCAGUGUAUUUGCCACGACCCCGGAGGAGGGACCCGCCAGCUCGCCACUUCAUCUGGGCAACGAACUGUCCGUCCGGGAGAACAUCUAUCCGGUGGAUCCGCAUCACAGCCGCUCGGCGAUCGACAGACGCAGCGAGUUUGUUCGCCAGCAAGAGAUAACAGUGCCCAAAAUUCUCAUACAACGCCAUCGUGCCGAAACCAAUUUCGCGGAUACAGAAGUUGAGGAGCUGAUUGCGAUGCUGCGCGAAACAGAGAAUCUCGAGGAGCAAGGCGAUAUUCUGCAAUAUCUGGUGGACACACAGGGCCUGGAUUUCAAUACGGCUGGCCUGGGAUUCAAGAAUAAAUCGGAAGACAAUGCGAGCCCCAAUGCCAAUAAUGCAGCCGCUGAGCUCGAGCAAGCGUUUGUGGAUGAGGUGGUGCUGGAACUGGCUGGUGGUGGUGGUGCAGGAUGUGCGGGAGGAGCAGGAGGAGCUGGUGGUGCAGGUGAUGGGGCCAAAAAGAGUCCAACAAUUGUCCUGCCCACGGUGAUCAUCGAUGCUGCUACAAUUCCAGCGGCCAUUAGCACCGAUCCGGAUAAUGCCAAUCCUAGUUCCGCCACCGCCAACAGCAAUAUCCAAAGCAUCGGCAACACUAGCAACGUUAGCAGCAGCAGCAGCAGCAACACCAGCAACCACAACAACAUGAGCCCACAUGAGAAUAACCACGAUUCUUCCCAAUCUGAAGGAAUGCUGGAAGAGGGACGCGUAGUGACCGUUCGGGAUCUUCUCAAGGGACUCUACGAGAAGGCUUGCCAGCAGAAGCUCUGGGGACUUGUCCGUCACACGGCCGGAAUGCUUGGCAAACGGGUGGAGGAUCUGGCCAAGGCUGUCACCGAUCUGCUCGUCCGGCAGAAACAGGUCACCGUGGGAAUGCCGCCAAACAACGAGCACACAAUCACGGCACCGCUGCCGGAAGUCGAACUGCGACAACUCAUCCAUGAUGCCUAUGGCGACGAUGAGAGUACAGCGAUGCUGACGCAGGAACUGAUGGUCUACCUGGCAAUGUUCAUCCGCACAGAGCCGCAGCUGUUCCACGAGAUGCUGCGCCUGCGCGUGGGCUUGAUAAUCCAGGUGAUGGCCAAGGAGCUGUCCCGCACUCUCAACUGCGACGGCGAGGCGGCUUCGGAGCAUUUACUUAACCUCUCGCCCUUCGAGAUGAAGAAUCUCUUGUACCACAUACUCAGCGGCAAGGAAUUUGCGGUCAGCAGCGUGGCCCGAGGCAAUCUGUCUAUUGUAAGCUGCAAGAGCAGCCGCGUUAGUAAGAAGAGCCAAAUUGGAUUGGGCGAUCCUGAGGGUGAGGACGCCCUAAUAGCCACUAUUGACGACAGGCAGGGACAAUGGCUGCGACGCAGGCGACUGGACGGUGCCCUGAAUCGUGUUCCCCGUGAUUUCUAUUCGCGUGUGUGGACUGUUUUGGAAAAGUGCCAGGGUCUAGCCAUCGAGGGUCGUGUUCUGCAGCAGAGUCUGACUCAAGAGAUGACCCCGGGUGAACUGAAAUUUGCCUUGGAAGUGGAGACAGCUCUCAAUCAGAUACCACAGCCCGAGUACAGGCAAUUGGUGGUCGAGGCCCUUAUGGUACUAACCCUCGUCACCGAGCACAACAUGGUGCCCACACUAGGUGGCAUAAUUUACGUGGAGCACCUGGUCCACAAAGCCAACCAGUUGUUCCUUGAGGAUCAGCGCAAAGUGCAGGGUGAUGCCACUUUAUGCUGCGCGAAGAUCAAGGACGGCAAGGAGCAGCAGCAGGCCGCCUCCGGAAUGCUUCUGUGCGGCGGCGCCGCAUACAUCUGUCAGCAUCUGUACGACAGUGCUCCCAGCGGCAGUUACGGUACCAUGACCUACAUGUCCAGGGCGGUUGCCCUUGUGCUCGACUGUGUCCCCAAGCAUGGCGAGAUGGAGUGCGCCAUCUCCUGAAGCGGGCGUUCACUUAAUUUAAUGCCAAAAUCUCUGCAACUCUGGAUACGUCCGUACUUGUUCUCGCUCACUCGCACUUCAGCGCCCUCUCCCCGUCUCUCUCUCGAUCCUGCCUUUCUGUUUUUGUCUCUUUCCCUCUGACCUCAGACCCAAGCCCAACGAUAAUCUUAGUCAAAGGGCGCCUUGUAUAUAUAUUUUUUUUAACUUUUCCCAAAAAAGGAAGCACUUUGUUAAUGCGUUCCGUUCUGACCAAAAAAAAAAAAAAAAUAGUGAAGCCAAUUUAUUAUGGUAUUAGUAUGUGUUGACCUCUUGGAAAGAUAAUCCAAAACUCUACCCUGAAGACCUAUCCUUACCGGAGCCAUAUAGAAAGCCAACUCGCGCUGCUCGAUACAGAUUUCUUUUUUGUACUUGCGGCGACUACACUUUUGAUUGUUUUAACAUUAAUAUUUUUAAAUGACCCUAUUUUAUAUUAUACGUUUAAAUUGUAAAGUUGAACGCACAGCAAGAUUUACAAUAAAAAUGUGUUUGCAAUGUU